GUCAUUGUCAAAACCAUUGCGCUUGCAUUUAUCAGUUAAGGAAUUAAAUGAAUUCUAGUAAAUUUAAACGUUAAUACUAAUUUGUACAUAAAAAACAACUAGGUGCAACGAUCUCCUUUAUAAUUUAUUACGUACCGAUAUUACAAUGAUAACAAACUUUGAUAAACUUUGUGCAGAAUUAGAGAAACAAGAAUUGGAGGCACCAAAUGGAGUAGCAUCAGUAUCAACAUACGCUCAACUACUGGCUAUAUAUCUUUAUCAAAAUGAUUUAUGUAAUGCUAAAUUUUUAUGGAAAAGGAUACCCCAAAAUAUUACUAGCAGUAAUCCAGAAAUAAUGGCCAUUUGGGCAGUGGGCCAGAAAUUGUGGAAAAAGGAUCUUGCAGCUACUUACCAUGCUCUGGCCGCUUUCACAUGGACAGAACCUGUUGCCAACAUUAUACAAGCUGUUGAAGAGAAAGUUCGUGAAAGAGCAUUCAACUUGAUCGGACGCUCAUACAGUUCUAUAUCAGUGGACACAAUAGUCCUCAUGACUGGAUUGAGUCGUGAGGCAGUCUUACAAAUAUGCCGUGAACGAAAAUGGGAUAUUCACGCCGAUGGGGUUACAAUCAGUCCGACCCCACCUUCCCAACCAGCGCCUCUACAUACCUCAAGCGAAGAUCAGUUGUUCAAGCUCACUGAGUUUGUAUCAUUCUUAGAAAACUGAAUUUAUAUAUUUUAUGUAAAAAUGUUCGUAAGCAUUAGCAGUAACAGUUAAACUUUCUAUGAAUAAAUUGGCUAACAAUAUA